AAAUGGAGACAAUGUUACUGCGGGGUUAACAUAUCUUGAUAUAGGGACGCGGAUCAAACUGGCUUAUGGAUGCCGGUGGAACUUAACACCGAAAGAAGACUUCAUCGCCAGUUUACUUUCAUGUUCUGGCCAAUUCCUGUGGAAACUUUCUUUCACCAUUGCCUAAGGUACCUACCUGCCUACCACGACUCACGGCAACUUGGUGUGAAUUCCGCCCCCUUUACACUGUAUCAGUGACAUAACCUCAGAAUCAAGCCAGGAUGGCAUUUAGCACCAGUCCCAUCCGGCCACGGAUGUUGAUAGAUGGAGAGCUCGUUGAAGCCUCGGAUGGCAAGACAUUUUCCGUUUACAAUCCCGCCACUAGAGAAGUGUCAGGGGAAGUUCCUGAAGCUACCGCAGAUGACACCAAUAGAGCGGUGGCUGCAGCCAAAGCAGCCUUCCCCGCUUGGUCAGCGCUGGGUCCAGCAAAACGUGCUGUUUACCUGAAGAAGCUCGCCGCUCUUAUCCGGGAGCACAGAGAUGAAAUUGCCAAGCUGGACGCUGUGGCGAUGGGAAUGCCUGUUUCUACCCACUUCUUCGCCGAAUCCGCAGCCGGGCAAUAUGACCACUACGCCGAGGCCUGGCCCCAUAUUCAGGGCCAGGCCAGUGUCAACACCCCUGGUCAUGUCACCAUGACGCUUCGCCAGCCAUUCGGGGUGGUAGCUCUCAUCAUUCCGUGGAAUGUGCCAGUGCACUUUUUUGCGUCCAAGUCGGCGCCAGCGCUGAUAACGGGAAACACGAUUGUUCUCAAAACUUCGGAGAAGGCGCCUCUGGCAGUUGCUCGAAUCGCCAAGCUUGUCAAAGAAGCAGGCUUCCCGCCGGGGGUCUUCAAUGUUCUCUCCGGUCACGGCAUCCCCUCUGGUCAGAUCCUGUCCCGCCACAUGGACGUCAGGGCACUGAGCUUUACAGGCUCGAGCCGUACGGGAAAGCUCAUCCAGGAGGAGGCGGCGCGAACAAAUCUCAAGAAGGUCAUUCUCGAGCUUGGAGGCAAGUCACCCGCCAUCAUCUUCGACGACGCAAACCUCGAGAAGGCGGUUGCCCAGACCCGCUGGAGCAUGCAGUUCAACUCUGGGCAGGUUUGCAUGGCCAAUUCCCGCAUCUACGUACAGUCAACCAUCGCCGAGAAAUUCGUCGAGCAGUUCAAAGUUAGCUACAGCUCGAGUGUCAAGUCAGGCAACCCUUUGGACAAAGAGACGAAUCAUGGCCCCCAGGCAGAUGAGCUUCAGUACAAGCAUGUGCUUUCUUACAUCAACUCGGCGAAAGACUCAGGCGCCACUCUCGCUCUUGGGGGGUCUGGAAAGUUGGAGACCUCGAAUGGAUACUUUAUCGAACCGACCAUCUUCCUGAAUACCCCAGAGGAGGCUAAAAUAACCAAAGAAGAGGUGUUUGGGCCAGUGGUUAUCAUCAACACCUUUGAGACCGAGAAGGAGGCCAUUGCCAAGGCGAAUGAUACAGAGUUUGGGUUGUAUGCCUCGGUCUUCACCAAGGACAUCAGCAGAGCCAUGAGAGUCGUACAAGCGCUGGAGAGUGGAUAUGUGGGCAUCAACACCACCAGCCCGAAUACUGCAUAUGACCUACCUUUUGGUGGGUACAAGGGAAGUGGACAGGGGCGCGAGGGGGCAUUGUGCAGCAUGGACAACUUUCUGGAGGUGAAAAGCGUCAUCAUGGCCUUGGAAGAAGAGUGAACUGUACGUAGAUAUCUCUACAAUUACUGACAGGUAGCUAGAGGGUUGGCCAGGAGCAUGUCCGUUUUCAACUAGGGUUUUCACAUAAAACAAGGCAUCCUGUUCCACAC